AUCGAUGAUCUUAUCUUCUUUUCUACAGUCGGCUGUUGCUGUAUCGAUUUUAUCUUCUUCUCUACUCACCAAUCCUCAAAAGAACAACAACCCGAAAACAAAGACAAACAGAGAAAUACAGGAAGAGAGACGUGAAGGAUUGACUACGAAAACGAGCCGGGGUUUUAACCUUUCAACGAUUCCAAGGUCCAUCUUUUUUGGAGAUUCUGAAGGAAAAGGAUUUGGUUAAAAAGAAAUAAACCAGAUUCUGGAAACAGUGUGUUAUUCAAUUUCCCAACUGCAUUGGAUUCAGUGAUGGCAGCAAAACCUGAAGAAACAGAAAUAAGGAGACAUUUACGUCAUCAGAAUGGAGAAGGCCAAGCUUCUGGUCCUAUUUCUGAUAUGGAGAAAGAUCGACAAAUUAGAUCAAGAAGGUGGAGACAACUGAUGGCAGCAGAAACUGGGAACACACAGAUAAAAACAAUUUUACAAGAUGAUAAUGGAGAAGCCGAAAAUAUUGAAAGGAGGACGGAGAUAAUGUGUACUGAUGAGACUUCUGCUGCUCUUUCGAAUGUACACACAGAUUGCCAGAUUACAUCAAGAAGGCGGAAGCAAGUGAUGAUGGACUGGAGCAAGAAUUUGGAUACGAAUGAUGAAAAUCCUCGGGUGAUUACAAAUGAAAUUUUCUGUCAUCAAGAAAGAUUGGAUGUUAGUGAUGCAGCUAGAAUGGACACAGAUUGUAAGAUUAGAUCAAGGAAGUCGAAGCAAGUGUCUGGGCAUCGCAAUAAACGGAUUAGAAAUCAUCAAGAACGUCCUCGGUUGAUUACAAGUCAAACCUUCUCUCCACAAAAAAACUUGGAUCUUGAUGAUCCAGCCAGAAUCGGUGAAUGGUCACAUUCAAUUGGUCAAGCAAUGUAUCAAAGAAUCAGACAAGGAUUCAAUACGGAUAUGAAGAUUCAGGUGACAAUAUUUAUAAAUGUACUUAUUGCGAUGCAAAUUUUUGGUUUGAAGAAGCUGUAAAACAAUCAUCUGCAAAUGCUGAAAUAAUAUAUACAAAUUGUUGUAAAAAAGGACAAGUCAAACUUCCAAAGCUUAGACCAACUCCCAACUUUCUGAAAACAUUAUUAAAUGAUAGACUUUUUAAAGAAAAUAUUAGAGUUUAUAACUCGAUGUUUUGUUUCACAUCAAUGGGAGCAACAAUUGAUCAUAAAAUAAA